CCUGCUUUUUUCUCUCCAAAAGGAGACUCAAAGCAACUAACAUUAAAAGUGUUACGAUACAAUUUAAAAUAUACAAAUAUUAAAACAGUAUUAAACAUCAUUUGUUUUGAAAACAAUUAAGAUUAAAUCCAUGAAAACAUACAAAACCACAGCAGCCCCUGACAUGAUCUUAAACACUAUCUUUAAAAGCUUGUCUGAAUAAAAAGGUUUUAGCCUGUCACCAGAAGGACAACAGGGAGAGGGCCAUUCUGGCCCCCCUGGGCAGGGAGUUCCAGAGUCUAGAGGCAGCCACUGAGAAACCCCACUCUCUCAUUCCCACCAACCAAGCUUGAGAUACAGGUGAGACCCAGAGAAGGGUGUCUCCUGUAGAUCUCAGGGCCCGGGCACAUUCAUACAAGGGGAUGAGGUCAGCCAAAUAGCCUGGACCUGAACUGUUUAGAGCUUUAAAGGUCAUAAUUAGCACUUUGAAUUGUGCCAGAAAUAGACUGGCAGCCAGUGGAGCUGCUAGCCAGUCCCAGUUAGCAACCUGGCUGCAGAUCUUUGGAUCAGCUGAAGUUUCUGAGCAGUCUUCAGAGGCAGCCCCACCUAGAGUACGUUAUAGUAAUCCAGAUGGAAUGUAAUUAAGGCAUGUGGCCAGAUCUGGCUUCUCAAGGAAUGUGUCCAGUUGGUGCACCAGUUUUAAUUGUGCAAAGGCCCUCCUGGUCACUGAAGAUACCUGGGCCUCCAAGUUCAGUGCCGAGUCCAGGAGGACCCCCAAACUGCGGACCAGUGACUUCAGAGGAAGUGUGACCCCAUCCAGCAUAGCCUGGAUUCCUAUUCCCUGAUCUGUCUUCCAACUGACCAGGAGUACUUCAGUCUUGUCUGGAUUAAGUUUCAAUUUCUUUGGCCUCAUCCAUUCCAUUACUGCUGGCAGGUCCUCGUUUAGGGUCAGGACCGCUUCCUUGGCUUUAGGUAGAAAGGAGUAGUGGACUUGGGUGUCAUCUACAUGUAGGUGGCACUGCAUUCUAAAUCUCCAAAUGACCUCUCCCAGCAAGUUUCAUGUAUAUGUUGAACAGAAUAAGGGACAAAACAACCCUGUGGAACCCACAGGUCAACUGCCAGGGUUUUGAACAGGAGUCCCCCACCACCACCCUCUGGGUAUGGCCCUCAAGGAAGGAACAAAGCUACUGUAAAACAGUGCCUCCCCGUCCCAUCCCAGUGAGAUGGUCCAGGAGGACACCAUGGUCAAUGGUAUGGAAAGCUGUCGAGAGGUUCAGCAUAAUCAACAGGGACACACUCCCCGUCUAGUUCUCUGCGUAGGACAUCCACCAAGGCAGUCAAGAGGCAAAACUUAACCAAAAGAUGGCUUAUGAAGAUUAUUGAUGAAAGGGAAAAAAAUCUGGAUGACAGAGGAUAUCGGGAUAUCAGUGAGCUUGAAGCAUAUGCUGAAAACACACAGAGUGCUCUCCUUUAUCUCAUAUUGGAAACACUUGGUGUGAAAGACAUUCAUGCAGACCACGCAGCCAGUCACAUCGGGAAGGCACAAGGCAUAGUAACCUGCUUAAGAUCUACUCCAUACCAUGCUAGCAGAAGGAAGAUCUUUCUACCCAUGGACAUAUGUAUGCUGCAUGGUGUUUCCCAAGAAGAUUUCAUAAGGCAUAAUCAGGAGAAAAAAGUUCAAGAUGUCAUAUAUGAUAUAGCUAGUCAAGCACAUGUACAUCUGGGCCAUGCAAGGUCCUUCAGGAAAAAUGUUCCUGCUAAAGCAUUUCCUGCUUUUCUCUGUACAGUUGCUAUUGAGGAUUAUUUAAAUGAAAUACAAAAGGUUGACUUCAAUGUAUUUCAUCCAAGCUUGCAUCGGAAGAACACUUUACUACCUUUGCGUUUGUAUAUUAGAUCAUGGAAGAAAACUUAUUAAAUAUUAUUUAACAAGAGA